AUUCCGUGAGGGCGGGAGGCACAUCUAUUCAUCCUCACCCCUCCCUCUCUAUGGUUUUAGUGUGCCGGAGGGAAUUUCCGGCCUCUCUAGCCCUAUUCUCUAUUGUGCCUUGAGGGCGGGGGGCAAUUCCGGUACUCCCAUUCGCCGUCUCUAUUAUUUUAGUGUGACCGAGCAAAUUUCCGGUAUUUUUAGCCGCAGUCUUCGCCGUCUCUUUUUUCUUGGCGGGCCAGAGCGGCCCCGGAAGUGUCGGGGAGGCGGCGAUGGCGCUGGACCGGCGGUGGCCGCUGGCGCUCGCCCGCAGCGCCGUCCCGGUUGCGCUGGGGCUGCUGCUGUGGGUGGCGAUCGCGGGCGGCGAGCCGGAGCGGCAGCAGACGCUGAAGGGCCGGCACGGGGCGGAUGCCGCGAAUUUAGAGCAGCGGCGGCGCCACAAUGCGCUGAUCAUGGCGGCGCUGCGCGAGGCGGCCGAGACCGACGACAACGUGGCGCAUCGGGGGGUGUCGUGGCGGAAGUGACGUCAGCACCGGAGGCCCCCGCCGUUUCCCGGUUACCCGUCCUUUCCCGCGGAACCAUCAGCACUGGGCGCGGUUGCGCCCGGACUGCAUUAAAUGACGGACACUUC